AUGUCGCCACAGCCCACCUCGUUACCCCAAGUUGGGACCCUCGUCAGCGUGGUUCCUGUAGGUCUCAAAGAAGCCGCACUCGACUCGCCAACCUUUAGAGCUACUACCCUUCACUUUUGCGACCAAAUCGAGCUGAUCGAGAGAUGGCUGGAUGGAUAUGCCAGGUCGACAACAAAAUUAUCUUCGGACCUGACGGCUCUGGAAAGCACCGUUAAUAACUUCCUCUCAUUUUCGACCCAGCCCCUGGCGAUUUCAGAGGCCGUUGUUGAUCAUGACUAUACCCUGUUGGCAAUGCGAAGAUGCGGUGAAGGAUCGAAGAAUCUAUGGGAUGGACUGGUUGUGACAGCCAAGAAGAUGGAAUCCAUGAUUGCUGAGCCUAUCCGAGCCUAUAUUCAUGAGGAUCUGCGUCAUUUCAAGGAAACCCGGCGUUCACUGGAACACGCUCAAAAGCAGUUUGAUUAUUUACAGGCCCGCUAUGCUUCGCAAUCGAAAUCGAAAGAAACCUCCGCCCUCCGAGAGGAAGCGUUCCAGCUCCAUGAAGCUCGCAAGAGCUAUUUGAAAACAUCGAUGGACUUCUCAGUAGAAGCCCCUCAGGUUCGCAACAGCCUCGAUAAACUCCUAGUCCAAAUUUCAUUUGAUCAAUGGAGAGAAUUUAGAGGGUUCCACAACAACAACAGCUUAAUAUUCUCAAAGUGGGCGCAUGAGAUGGACCGAAUCAAGGGCUGGGUCCAUGAGAUGGAAAGCAGUGAUAGAUGUUCGAAAAGAGAGCUGUUUUCAACAAGAAAACAAAUUGAGGAAGCAGCAGAGUUGGUGGCUCGACCAUCUCGAGAACUUGAGGACUAUUCUAUCUCUACCGUUCCCUAUCUUGGUUCUCGUCCUUUGUCCUCGUUGAACAUGGACAAGGAAGCAAAACCAGAGAAACAAGGCUGGUUAUAUCUACGGACGCUUUCGGGGAAGCCCACACGAACUAUUUGGGUAAAGCGUUGGGCCUUUUUAAAGCAUGGAAUCUUCGGGUGUCUUGUUCAAGGCACACGUACUGGCGGUGUCGAAGAGAGCGAACGAAUUGGUGUACUACUGUGUAGUGUCCGCGCCGCAUUUCAAGAAGAGCGCCGUUUCUGUUUCCAGGUAAAGACAAAGAGCGACAACAUUGUCUUGCAGGCCGAAGACCAAAAGGAGCUCAUGGAGUGGAUUGGUGCCUUCGAGGCUGCUAAACAGAAAGCGCUGGAGAACCCAACUAUCACAGAUUUGUCAGUGUCUGGAAAAAUCACCGUCCAGGAUCCAGCGUUUUCCGUCUCCCAGCCCCCUGCUCCCGAGUUCACUGCGGAUCCGACUAAUUAUCUCACUCCGCAUCCUAAUGAUGAGCCGAGCUCAGCUGAGCGCAGCAACACGUUACCUUUUCCAGAGAAGGAUGUGUUGGCAUCUAGAAACAGUAGCGAUGUGAGCCGCAGACUUCCUGGCUUAGAACCUGAAUCUUCUGCCCGGGAUCAUACAGCUCGCAUCAUUCAGAAAUUGGACCUUCAUCGCAAAUCGACUUAUUCCCCGACAUCUCCAUCCAUGCCCAGCUUUUCCGGCGGAAUUGCCAGUCUCAUUUCGGCUAGUCAUAACAUUCUUCCCUACAGCGGAGCAAACCCGUUCUUGAAUAACGAUGAUCUAGGUCGGGGUCGCAGUUUGAGUAACCUCGAUGAGCCUGGUGCAAACCUUGCCCCUGCAACUCUCGCGAAUCCACCGGUUUCUACAAGCAUGAGCAAGGCUGCAGUGAUUGUGAGCAAUGAAAGAGGUAUUGGGCUUGGCCUCGUUGAUAACACUGGUGGUAUGCCCAGUGGUAUGAUGGCAAAUCUAUGGGGCAGUACCAACUGGGGUUUCAUUAAUAAGCUCCAGCGCGAGCAAGUUUCUCUAAAUAAAAAAAAGAUAACUCAAUCCCCCUCGUCAUCUCCCAUGCUCGAUUCUUCGAAACAGACACUCGCUCAACCUAAUUCGACCAGUCCGUUGCAGGGCUCGCGGGACCCCUCGGGCUCCCACCACAGACACACAGUGUCCCUUGAUGCGAACGCAGCCAAAUUGAAUCGAGUUCCACUGAAUGCUGAGUAUGAGUAUCCUAGUGUAUACCCACAGCAGUUGAGGCUGCAGGAUGCCCAAUUCCGUUUGCUUUUCUCAGAUGUGAAAAGAGAAGAGGCAUUGGUCUUGGUAUUUAGAGCUACCUGGAGCCCAAAUGACCAGCAAGAAUUCCCUGGCAGAGCCUAUGUUACUACCAGAAAUAUCUACUUCUACAGCAAUAACUUUGGGCUUGUGUUGACGACAAGUGUCUCACUGGAGAGCAUCAAAGAAGUCACGGCGGCAACUGGAAGAGAUUGUGAUUUCCUCUUCCUACACACUAUUCCUCCACUAGGAAGUGACACUCCCGGUCGAAUCACCAUCAAGUCCUUCAUUGAACCGUUGAAACUUCUUCAAAAACGCUUGAACUUUUUGGUCCGAGAGUCGAUUGCGGCAGAGCCUCUGUCACUGGAGGCUCUACUUAAAGAGCUUAUCAAAAUGGACCUUGAAACUCCAAAUAGAGCGACUAGUGCCGAUAGCUGGGAGGAUAUUUCAACCGCCCAUCAUGAUAGCAACGCCGACGCUAUGAGCAAAGAUCUCCGCGCGCCCAUCUACAUUGAUAAAGAACUUGACCCGGAGAUAAGUAAGGCUAAUCGGGCGCGCGACAAUCUCAAGUUCAGGCUACCCACUCAACCUGUGGAGUAUGUUCCCCAAGGCGACCUUAAUCGUGUAGCCGAGAAAGUGCUGGAUAUCAGUUCCAAGGCACUGUUCCAUAUUAUGUUUGGUGACAAGAGUGCUGUAUGGCAGCUCUUACUCCACGAAAGACAGGCUCAAGAAAUCAAGCAAGGACCCUGGGUCAGCUCGGAAUCACGACACCUGAAAAGAGACUUCCAUUACUACAUCGAGACGACUGAUCUAAUCGGCGGCUCUCAAAAAAACAAGAUCUCGGACUAUCAGAUAAUCGAUGUUCUGAACGAUCAUCUGUGCUACGUGAUUACCGAUAAGCGUACGCCAUGGCAUCUUCCUUUCCGUCGAUCCUUCCGCUUGGUUAGUAAGGUUGUGAUUACGUUUGCGGGCAAAUCAAAGAGCAAGCUCGCCAUCUAUACUAAAGUAGAAUGGCUCACGCCUCCAUACGGUCUCCAAAAAAUUAUCGACAACAAGGCCAGUAAGGACUUGGAAGAUGAUGCCUUGGAUCUGAUCGACUUGGUCAGCGACCAAGUGCGACGCCUCGGUGCACACAGUCGCACGAAGAAGGCCAUAACAAUUUUCGGCCACGUUGGACGCCAAAAUUUGACUUCGACCUUCAACGGCGUUGGCGCCGAUCUAAGAAUCGAGCCUCGCAGGCCCCGUGUUCAGCGAACGAUGUCUCAACUUCUCAUCGAAAGCACACUAUCUUUCCUCGAAAGCACGUUCGCUCUAUUCUGGAUGUGGUCAGCCGCUGUCGUUCGCUGGUCGUGGAAGACCGUGACUGCACACAAGGUCAUUUUGCUGUUACUCAUCACAAGCGCACUUAUGAACGGCUUUUACUCCUCUAGAGAGACCUGGGACUGGUGGCAUGAACGCUACGCGACCAGCUACAUGGCCAGACUAGGCGUCCAGCCAAACAUGGUGAUGAGCAGAGCCAUUUACAUCCGAGACAUCGACGAAGCAGUCGCAAACACAACCAUCUGGUCCCAGGCCGGAAACGUCAGUAACUGUUUCAAUGCGUUCCACGAGAACACAUUGCGCCAUUCUGAGCUCCCUCUCUCCCUCAGUACGUCAAACGCCAAAGACGCAGUUGCAAAGAGCGCAAUGAAGCGCUUCCAGCAGACUCGUGAGCGCCUCGCCAUUUACCGGAAUAAUCUCUUGAUAGCGCUGCGUGUUGUGAACAACAUCGAGAAGGAGGUUGUUCAGAGUGAAUGGGAGCGAUGGCUUCAAGGGGAGCUUAAGCGAUGUCGCCAGAUUGAGAUCCUUCUUAAGGGAAAAGUCCAGGAUGAUGAUUCCGAGGCUCAGUUAUCUGAAGAGGACGGCAUCUUUGCUGGAAAUACAGACAGUGUGAAACAGUGGUAUGACCGAUAUUGUACUAGCUGUCAACUGGAGCAAGAACAGGUCCAGUGGAUUGGCCGCGAGAACCAGUUGCUUUGA